AUGACCGCUUUUGACGCCAGAAACGGCUGCCUAUCCACCCGUAACUUUGGACGUCUAGCAGAUGUAGCAACGGAGGAUACUGAUAGUGGGCUCUACCUUCUCAUGAAUGCUACGGAGGCUAGAACGGCAUCCAACUGCAAUUGCUUCACCCCCGUCGACCUGUCUUACUCUGACGUUACAGCCUGA